AAGUAUAUGUUCUUAUAGUAGGUACUGCGCUAAUUCAUACUAUUUGAAUCACAGUCACCAAUCAAUAAUACAAUACUCAAAUUACAUUAUAAAAUCUUCAUAAGUAUCGAAUAGUUUCAAAACAGUUUUUUUUUCAAAACUUAUAAUUUAACAUUCUGAAUCCGAGUUUAUUUUUUUGAUAAAUUAACAUGUAUUUGAAAAGUAUACUGUUUUUUUGCAUGGCGUCAUUCUUUUUCCAAUGUCAAGGUGUCCCCCCAACUGAAGAACAGAUUAAUAUGGUUCGAGAACUAGUCGCGUCAAAAGUGGGGCAUGAUGGCAAAAUGGACUUUAGUCAAUUACAAGAAGUAGCAGUCGAAGUAGGACUAACAAUCAACGAAAAUUGUUUUCGAUAUACAAAUGACGAAGCUGUAAUCUUCAUCCUAUCGUUUACAGCUAACACAAAUCAAAGUUUAAUUAGCUUUGUUAGAGAUAUAGUCAAGCGAAAUUUGAAGCAAGAUCGCGCCGUAAAAUUUGAUAGAAUAAAAGCUAUAUUUUACCAAAUAGCUAAUGAAGCUGACAUGACAGAUGAAAAUAUGGAUAUGUUUGAAAGCCUAGAAUCACAAUCAGACCGUAUGUUUCAUAAGGAUGAUGUGAUGACCUAUGCCCUAGCGUUUGCUGCUACAAAAACACCGAAAUUAAAGGCAACAGUAAAAAGUGUGAUCCAGAGUUAUAAUACUAGUAAUUUGAAAAGCCAUAGAGAUAUCAUAGCAAUAUGCAGGAUAAUAGCAGAUGCAGCGCCGGAAGUAACCAUAGGAGUACCCAAAUAUGAGCACUUCAUAAAAUAUUGGAAAAAUGGGAGAUUCACAGCGGAAACAGUUGAAAAUAUCAUCUUUCGAAGUUCGGUUUCUUCAUAGUUUGAUUAUAACAUUAACUGUUCUCGAAUUACUGCAUGUAUGUAAUAUUUCACAUACUCACAUACAAAUGUAGAUUUGAUUGAUUAAUAUACUAUUUUGCUCUUAU